CCACAGUGCGGCUCGUCACCUGAAAAGAUGCAUAUUGGAACAUGUGUCCCAUGGUCCGUGCACGUAAUCCCCAGCCGUACAGAAGGAUUCGUCAUUCUCACAGCUUGGAGCUCCAACAAACACCUACACACCUUCGAAGUGCCAAAUCAAGCGUCUGGCGUAAAAUAUCAUCUCGAAUUAGAAGAAAGCACGCCUCGUGGGCUUUCUGCCUCGAGAUGAAAGUACGGAUCAUCUCGGCCAACUUGCAGCGCAGAUGACCUUCGUGCUCGAUGAGUGCGAAUUUGAGUAAUGACGAGAUGUCGUCAGCCGUGGAAACCCCAGAGGAAACCCAAGAAGAAACCUCCUCGCUCGAAGUAGUGGAGCAUAAGCUCCUGGAUCCCGACCCGGAUCCAGCCAUAGCUGACGACGGAGCGACGGCGUCUCGACCACUCAUUAUCUGCUUCCACGGCUCGGGCGAGUCGUGCUCGCCGUCAUGGGACGCACUGGCGCACACGCUAACAGCUGUACCUCACUGCCUACGCGUCCUGCUGUACUCCCGCGGUAUCCUGAACCGUCGCCCGCCGCAGGCCACCUCCGAGCUGAGGGAGUAUCUAAUAAGCGAGGGGCUGAAGGGGCCAUGCGUGCUCGUCGCGCAUUCGUACGGGGGCGCGUUUGCACGAACGUUCCUAGAGCGGGAACAGCAAGAACAGAAGCAGCAGGGCGAAAUCUCAAGGAAAGACGAGGGCAAGGACGAUGACGACAACGACAACGCGGUGCGAGUCGUGGGCAUGGUGCUCGUGGAAACGGGCCAGGAAGGCGGUCUCGACCCGGAAGUCGAGAGGGCCCAGUACGCGCGGCGGGUCCUGGGCACGCGGCCGCUGAGCGUGGUGCGCGGGAACUCGCUGAUGAGGCAGUGGGCGGACCUCGCGGCGGCGGAGGCGAGCGUGGCGGCGGACGACGAACUGAAAAGGGAGGUCCUGAGGCAGAGGCGGGAGAUGUUGCGGGUCUACGACGCCGCCGACGAGCGGCUGAAGAAGAAGCAGCUGGGCCUCGCGGCGCCGAACGCGAGGAAGAGGUACGUCCGCGUUCCGGACUGUGGACACCACGUCGUGCGCGAUCGGCCGGACGUGGUGGCGCGCGAGGUCGCGUGGGUGUUGGAGAACGUGGGUAAGGUAGAGGAGGAGGAGGAGAUGCAGGAGACGGGAGAGGCGGAUAGACGGGAGGAUAGAAAUACAGGCAAUAAAGGUACAGUGGGAGGGAAGAUCUGGGGGGUUAAAAUUAAGAGGAUAUGGAAGUUCUGUAGAGGCGUUGUGGGGAAAUGGCUUGAUAAGUUGGGGAAAUGAGUCUAUUGCUGUUGCUGUUGUUAUCGCUGUUCGAUGGGAUACCUCUACUGCGUUACGUUACUAACAGUCUAAAGUUACCUGAGUUGUAGGUGGUGUAACUAAUAUGAAGUUCACAGAUGAGAUAAAUGUGUCUGUCGUAUAAUGGGUUUUGCUCCGUUAAGCGAUAAUAAUAAUUAUUGUUAUCAUUAUGCUAGUUGUUAAAGGGUGGACUCACUGUGCGAGUACCGAAGCUUUUGUUGUUCCAUAAGUCUAAUAUUACGAAUUCCAUUGACAAGAAGAUGCUAUUCAACUCGUUGAUAAUAACAUGAGGUAGUCUUAUGUCCUUAAGUGGCAGUUAGACACAUGUAUAUCACUCGUUUAAAUCGGACUUUGUUAAAUUCUUCUCUACCAUCUACCAUUCUUACAAUAUUAUCUCUGAAUCUUU